AGCAGCUGCAGCGGCACCUGCGGCAGCAGCUGCAGCGGCACCUGCGACUGCAGCAGCACCUGCGACAGCAGCUGCAGCGGCACCUGCGACUGCAGCGGCACCUGUGACAGCAGCUGCAGCGGCACCUGCGACAGCAGCUGCAGCAGUGACUGCAGUAGGAGCAGAUAUCCCCCUCACCCUCCAGUGCCGUCUAUCUCAGCCGACUCCUACCGGGAAGAGGUGACCAACUCGCAACAGGUUCCUCAGGCUGAGGAGAAGGAGGCGACAGUAAACCUGACUCCCAAAAGUCAGUGCUCGGAUGUGGACGAUAUCUUGGCUCCCAAGUCCUCCAAGAAGAGUUUUCUCUCGUUCAACCUCUCAAAGAUUUCCAAGCCUUCGUCUUUCCCUACUUUCUACGUGAUGUACCCACCUUACUUGUACAGUAGCCCUUGGUGCCACUACCCCAACUGCUGGCCCAGUAACUACAAGCCGGGCUCUUAUCAGUCAUUGAGCAGCAGCUGCCACUUAAGUGAAAACAGCAGGAACAACUUCGGCUUUUCUUCCCUGGAGCCUGUCCAGAGCGGCCCCCAGAACCAGUCCCCAGGCUCAGAGGUGAUGGGGAAUAGUCAGCCCCAGCAAGAUCAAGUCCCCCAGAACUGUCAGGAAGAAUUAGAGGCAAGGGAGAAGGAAACAGAACAGAAAGCAAAAGCAUCUCCAUCUCAAGAGGAGCAAGCCGUUUCCCCUUUAAACGCUCAGCUGAUCCAGAACGUCUCCAACUCAUCUCCCUGGCACUUAGAGGAGGGCUUCAUUGACACCCACUGUCGCCUGGACGUUCUCUAUGACAAGAUGUCUUUCCAGGGCCCUUUUGCCAAGUUGAAAGAGUUUUUCAAAAGCUCCUUUGCCAAGGAGUUCCAGGGCUGCAUCACAGACUUCUGUGACCCUCGCACCCUCAGGACGUACCCGUGGAGGGAUUUGUUGGAAGAAGACCGCGUGUGGGGGACAUUUGGCUGUCACCCUCAUUUUGCCCGCUUCUACACUGAGCGUCAGGAAAAGAACAUUGUGUGUGCCUUGAACCACCCAAAAGCUGUUGGGUUUGGGGAAAUGGGACUGGACUAUUCUCGUAAAUGCACCACUUCAGUUUUAGACCAACAAAAGGUGUUCAAAAAGCAGUUGCAUUUGGGUGUGGCCUUAAGAAAGCCACUGGCAUUGUACUGCAGAGAAGCAGAUGCCGAUAUGCUGGAGAUAUUGAAAAAACUUGUGCCUCCUGAUCACAAGAUCCACAGGCACUGCUUCAUGGGACACUACAAUACCAUUAAGCCCUACCUAGAGUACUUUCCAAACCUCUAUGUGGGAUUCACUGCCAUUUUGACUUAUUCCUCUGCCUGGGAAAUACGAGAAGCUGUGAAACAGAUACCCUUGGAGCGGAUUGUUGUAGAAACAAAUGCACCCUACUUCCUCCCUUAUAAGGUUCCUAAAAACACGUGCAAGUAUUCCCACCCAGGGAUGGCCCUGAGCACAGUGGAAGAGAUUGCCAAGCUGAAAAACGAGUCCCUCAGCCACACCUUGGCGAUCCUGAAGCAGAAUACUUGCCACCUUUACAACCUGUAGAAGCUGUUUGCUCUGGAGCUGGGUUUCAAGACUCUCUGACUACAUUCUUUUCUUUAAUUUUAACUCAUCGUUUGUUCUAAAUCAAAGAAAGUGAGAAUAUUCUGUUUAAUUCAUUUUGAGGUGAAUUCGAGUUUUUUCCUAACUGCUAAUUGAUUCUUCUUCUUUCGCUGUUGGAUUAUAGAAUCCAUGAGUAUAUAAAUAUAUACUAUUUAUAUACAUA